UCCCAUCGCGUACGUGACGAAUUCAAAACAAUCCGAUUUUGCAAUUUUCUUUGCGAUUUUCUCCGUAGUUUGUGUCCCCUAAUUUGUAAAAAUCCGAUAAGAAUAUCGACGAAUGCCCCGAGAAUCAUGUAAAGUCGUCCCCCGUGCGUAGAAAAUUAGUUGAAAGGUGUAAUUGUGAGGGAGAUAAACAACAACAAAAAUUCAAAAGAAGACAUGGCGCAGCAACAACAUCCCCGAAUAAUGGUUUUUCGCCCGACCUACGAGGAGUUUCAGGACUUUCCCAAGUACAUUCACUACAUGGAAAGCAAAGGAGCUCACAAAGCAGGACUCGUGAAGGUCAUUCCUCCGCACGAAUGGGUGCCGCGCAAGAAGGGAUACGAUUUGGAUGACAUCGAUAUGACGAUCCCGGCUCCCAUUUGUCAAAUUGUUUCGGGCAAACAAGGACUUUAUACGCAAUUUAAUGUGCAACGACGCCCAAUUAGUGUGAAGGAAUUCCAUCGUCUUGCCAAUAGCGAGCGAUUUGCGACACCCAAAUACUUCGAUUACGAGGAUUUGGAGCGAAAAUUUUGGAAAAAUGUCACUUAUGUGUCGCCCAUGUAUGGCGCCGACAUUAUGGGCACUCUCACAGAUCCCGACGAGAAAUGUUGGAAUAUCAACAACCUCGGCACGAUAUUAGAUUACGUGUGCAAAGACUACGGGAAGACGAUAGCGGGCGUUAAUACAGCUUAUUUGUACUUUGGAAUGUGGAAAACGACUUUCGCUUGGCACACGGAAGACAUGGAUCUCUAUUCGAUAAAUUAUUUGCACUUUGGAGCGCCGAAGACGUGGUAUGCGAUUCCCCCGGAGCACGGCAGGAAGCUCGAAAAACUCGCAAAUUCAAUUUUUGUUGAGCAAUAUAACGAAUGCAACGCCUAUUUGCGUCACAAAAUGACUCUGAUCUCGCCCCAAGUCCUAAAACAGAACAAUAUUCCCUUUAAUAAAAUUACACAAGAGCCCGGAGAAAUAAUGAUCACUUUUCCGUAUGGGUAUCACGCGGGUUUUAAUCACGGAUUUAAUUGUGCUGAAUCGACAAAUUUUGCGAGCGAACGAUGGGUUGAGUAUGGGAAGCGGGCGACAAAGUGUUUGUGUCGCAAGGAUAUGGUCAAGAUCUCGAUGGAAACAUUUGUGAAGCGAUUUCAGCCAGAUCGGUACGAGAAAUGGUUACGAGGAGAAGACUAUGGAUGUCAUCCAGAGGAGCCCGGCAAAAUUUAUGCCGCACCGAAGCCAGUAUUGCCAAAGAAUUUUAAGAGUAAAUUUGUGUAUGACGAGAAUGCGUGCAAUGAUGAGCAGAAGCGCGGAUGUGCGCCAUUGCAGAUAACAAAGGGUACAAAAGACGACCAAAAAGACGAAGAGAAGAGUUCGUCAUCAUCAUCGACGUCGUCAUCAAAUUCAAAUUCAAACUCGUCAACGGGAACGGGAUGUUCUUCGACGACGACAUCGCCCUGUGAUCUUAAGCUAAUAUGGGAAAAACUCGGGGAGCAAGACAUCGAAGCGGGUGUCGCGACAAAUUUACUUCCCAAUGGAGUCGUAAAGAACAACAAACGGAUGCGCUUUGAAACGCGAACAAUUAGUGUAGGACGCGAAAAUGAGGAUUAGCUACAUUUUACGAGAUAUUCAUUUUCUUUAAGUUUUUAAUAUUUUUGCAAUAUUUUCAACCACCUCAGCUUUGAUUUUUCAUCGUAAAAAUCAUCGGAUACUUUUUUUGUGUUAGGUAGGGCCCUAAGUUAACUACAAACUAAGAUUUAAUUAAAAUAAAUUAGGAAAAAGAGCAAGAAGAAGGAAAUUAGUAUCACAUUUUAUUUAUAAGUUUUAGUA